AUGGGGGAUGAGAAGAUGCGCAGCAUCAAGGGGAUCAAGGCGCUUCUGAUCGAUCUGAACGGGACCGUACAUGUCGGGAACGACCCAACACCUCGGGCUGCGGAGGCUAUCGCUAAGCUCCGGCGGGCUCAUAUCCCCUUCCUCUUCUGCUCGAACAACACCAAGGAGAGCACGAAGGACGCUGUUCAGCGGCUCGCAGAUAUGGGAAUCUCGGCCGAGACCGAGGAGGUCAUGACUAGUCUUGGGGCAUGUCGGCAGCUCGUAGAUGACCAGAAGCUCAGACCAUAUCUGCUGCUCUCCCCGUCGGCAAAAGAGGAGUUUGCUCAUCUCCCUGUUGUCCGGCCAGACGAGCACGACUCGGUCAUACUAGGUCAACAUCCGCCCUCGCUAUCUUACGAGGCACUCAAUAAAGCAUUCCGUAUCCUCAAAGGCGAGCCUAUAGCACACGACCAAAACCCCAAUCGACCAGACAGGAAACCGUUACUCAUCGCACCACAUACGUCGUCCUUCCUGCAAGCACCAGCAACGUCCGACCUUCCAGCCGGUCUGUCCCUCGGCUUGGGGCCGUUCGUCAAAGCGCUCGAAAGUGCUACUGGACUGGAAGCGACCAUCGUCGGUAAGCCGACCAGGCGGUUCUUUGAGAUGGCUAUAGAGAGGCUGAACGAGCUGUACCCCGGCGAACGAGAAGCAGGGGAGUAUGCGGUGGUCGGGGAUGACAUAGUGAAUGAUCUUGGGGCAGGGACUACUGAGCUUGGGUUGCGCCGUAUACUAGUGCGGACCGGAAAGUAUCGGCCUGGCGCGGAGGCUGGGGAGAGACCUCCUGAUUCGAUCUUUGAUAAAUUUGCAGAUCUGGUAGAUGCUAUAGUAUAG